UUAAUUGAAUUUAAUUUAGGAAAAUAAAAAAAAACAACAUAAUUAAAUAAAAUUAUCAAGAAAAAGUUAACUUUAUUUUAGGAUUUAAGACGAAGAGCAACCUGAAGAGAUUCAAGAGCUGCCAUUUCAUCAAGAAAAAACAACGGUUUGGUGUGGUUUGUGGGCCGGUGGAAUCAUCGGUCCAUAUUUCUUCAAAAAUGAUGCCGGUAAGAACGUAACCGUCAAUGGCGACCGUUAUCGCGCCAUGAUAACCGACUAUUUGAUGUCUGAGAUUGAAGCUCGUGUUCUCGGCGACAAUUGGUUUCAACAAGAUGGACCACUUCCUACGCAUCACAUCAAUCAAUGGAUUUAUUGAGAGAACACUUCGGUGAGCAGAUAAUUUUACGUUUUGGGCCGGUCAAUUGGCCACCAAGAUAGUGUGAUAUCACACCGUUACAAUUUUCCUGUGGGGAUAUGUAAAGUCUAAAGUCAGACAAUCCCGCUUCGAGUCAGGCCUUGGAGCAAAAGAUCACAUUAAAAAUUAAAAAGUUUGUAGACAUAUAAACCCGACCCUGUACUCGAAGUUUUUAUCAGCAUUGCUAAUUAAUUCUAAACAAAAAACCUCAGAACAGCUGGCUGUAGGUAAAUGAAAAGCGUAUCGUGUAAAAUCUUAUGAAAGUGUUGUUGAGCAUUUCAUUCUAAAGUGAACCAGCAAAGUGGAAUGUUCUAAAAGUCUAAGUUGUACAAAGAACAGAACAAAAAUACUAGAAAUAAUAACAUCAAAACUUCACAAACCAACAACAUACUCUAACUUUGCCAUGUUCAUAAUUAGAGUUUUAAUUUUAGUAUCGGCUUUGUUCGCGUUCGAAACAAAUGAAUUUAUGCAGGGGAGAUGGUGGCUUUCAUAUUUGCCGCCGAGUCAUUCAAAAUUUUACGAGGCCGCUAUGAAGUUGAAAUUGAAUAAUACAAUAACGGCUGUAAAUGCAAAUUCCGCAAUAAUAAAACCAACUGCGGCUGACACAAUUAGUGUUCCAACAGUUAACGUUCCGGCAAAUAUAUCAGAGCUCGUAAUGGCUGAGGCACUAACAGCUUCCGCUCCAAACAUUGACACCAGUUCGCGUCCAUCAGAAGCUCAGCCAAUUGCAGUUCCUUUAAAUAACUUGACAGCACCGACAUCCUCAGCUGGGAAUUACUACAUUUUUAACUAUUUCUUCUCUAAAAAUGAUACCGUUGAGGCGAACAAAGAGAACGCUCCGGUUGAUAAAGAAAAUACAAACGAUGAAGUGGAUGAUGAUGCGAAAUACGGCAUCCUACCAGACUGUGCCAACGUUAACACAUCCAGUGUCUACUUGGUGCGUGUAGAGUUAUACAGUCAUCGUCCUUUCAUGGUCUAUUGUCAAGUUAUGGAUGAUGAUGACCACGCCUGGUUGGUAAUACAGCAACGUGACUUCGAUGAUCCACCAACCGACUUCAAUCGCAGCUGGGCGGAUUAUCGCGCGGGUUUCGGUGUAAUAGAUGGCAGUUAUUGGUUGGGCUUGGAGAAGAUUUGGGCCAUAACACACAGCAUGUUGCAUGAGUUGACCAUUUUAUUGCUAGAUUUUGACAACAGCUUUCGUUGGUAUCGCUACGAUGCCUUCAGCAUUGCGAGUGAGGAACAAAACUACGCUUUGAAUUUGUUGGGCCCAAAUGGUGGAUCGGCAGGUAACAGUUUGAAAAAGAGCAAGGGACAAAAGUUCAGCACCUACGACAGGGAUAAUGAGGAGAAGUGUGCGCAGAAGAUGCAAGCUGGUUGGUGGUACAAGGAUUGCGAAUUUGGAAAUCUGAAUAGUCCAUUCUCUAAACAAUUGACGGCCAACUAUGAGGGUGUUAUGUGGCCGACGCUUUAUACGGAUAAGCCGUUAAGCACCGUGAAAAUGAUGGUGCGCGCAAGGAAGUACAAUGGAAAGUAGGCUACAAAGGCUUAAAUAAGAAUUAUUUUUUACCAAUUUUCAUACUAGUUCCAAUAAAUAACUCCUUAAAUCUAUUAUAUCGAAGAAAAAAGUAA